GAGAGGGAGGGGAGAGAAAGAGCAGCGAGCAGCCUCCAGCUCGCAAACCCAGAAAAAAAAGAGGCGAACUUCGCUGGUAAACGUGUUUUACUUUGGUUACAGACAUGGCAGCUCGCAUGGGGGGAUAUCCCUCUCCGGGGAUGUAGGCGGGGAGGCUGGGUCGGCUGUGAAGUCCACCGGAGGCGGCUGGAAACUCGGAAGGAAAGAAAACAACAACAACACUGGAAGAAAAGACGAGGAUUACACACAACAGUGACAAUAAAACAACACUCCCCGACAAGUGGCGUGAGUCUGCGGAGGGUGAAGUCCGAGGAAAAGCAACAGGAAACGCCGGUGACUCGAUGCUCUACCUGGAACGUGUUGAAUGUUACUUUGCAGACAGCUUCUCUAUGUGAACUUUAAACUCAGGACACAAUGAAGACAUAGCGAGCGAGGACUCCUCAAGUGUCUCGACGCUGCUAGCCGUCCCGCUAGCGCUAGCGUGGCUAACUCACAGGGAGCGAAUGUGCGGCGAAGCUAACGCCCGCUAGUGCAGCUAAGGAGGCUAAGUUAGCUCUUUGGCUAACGCUAGCUAAACGCGUUUUUGAGAAACUUUUGGUGUUGUUUCCCCGGAGCCCAAACACUGAAGGAGUGUUGUGAGGACGGAGGGGAAGGGCAGGUUCCCUUCUGGACUUUUUCCCCUCUACGCAUUUCCCCAACAUGAUGGCAGCGGAGGUCAGCAGUGAGGAUACGGGCUCGGUCACGGCGGGGACAGGGGUGGCAGGCGGUGGAGGCCCGGACACGGCAGCUUUCCCAUACUAUCCCAAGCCCAGCAGAGUGAGAGUAGCUGAACUGGGACAAGCACCGGCACCAGCGGUCCGGCAACACUCGAACACAUCGCCGGACUCACCCCCCGACAUGAGCAUGAUCUACCCCGGGGCUGGUGGGGAUGGGACCGGACCAGUGCUGACCGCAACAGGGAGUGGCGGAGCAGGAGGUGGACAUUCAGUUUUCCAGGGAACGAGCUCAGGGACCGCGGGCAGCGUGGGUUGCUCUCCCACCUCGGAGGGUCCGGCCAGUCGGGUUUCACCCACAUCGACCGGGCCGGAUGGGCCCUCCGCUUUUCCCCCGCUGCCACCACCUCCUCCCCCUCCUCCAGGCUACGCGGGGCUCGGCGGCACUACGGAUGAGAGCGACCUGCAGGAUGGACCCGAGUAUGAGGAAGAGGAGGUGGUGUUCCCCCUCUCUGCACCUCCCACCAACCAGUGGUACCAUGGCAAGCUAGACCGAACCAUUGCUGAGGAGCGGCUGCGCCAGGCCCGGACCCCUGGCAGCUACCUCAUCAGGGAGAGUGACCGCCGGCCCGGUUCCUUUGUCCUGUCGUUCCUCAGCAAUACCAACGUGGUCAACCACUUCAGGAUAAUCGCCAUGUGUGGGGACUAUUACAUUGGUGGGCGGCGGUUCUCUUCUCUGUCGGACCUGAUUGGUUAUUACAGCUAUGUGUCUUGCUUACUAAAAGGAGAGAAAUUGCUUUCUCCAGUGGCCCCCCCAGAGCCUGUAGAGGACAGGAGGAGAGUCAGGGCCAUACUUCCAUACACCAAAGUGCCAGAUACUGAUGAGAUCAGCUUCCUAAAAGGGGACAUGUUUAUCGUUCACAAUGAGCUGGAUGAUGGCUGGAUGUGGGUGACCAACGUUCGCACAGAGGAGCAAGGCCUUAUAGUGGAGGAUCUGGUGGAGGAGGUGGGGCGGGAGGAGGAUCCACAUGAGGGAAAAGUCUGGUAUCAUGGAAAGGUCACCAAGCAAGAGGCCUACAACCUGCUGAUGACAGUUGGCCAGGUGUGCAGUUUUCUUCUCCGGCCAUCAGACAACACACCUGGGGACUACUCGCUCUUUUUCCGCACCAAUGAAAACAUCCAAAGGUUUAAGGUCUCCCCCACCCCCAACAAUCAGUACAUGAUGGGGGGGAGGUACUACAACAGUGUUGAUGACAUCAUUGACCAUUACAAGAAGGAACAGAUUGUUGAGGGCUACAACUUGAAAGAACCAGUUUCAGUGCAGCACCAGGAACAAGUUCUUACUGACACGGUGGAUGGGAGAGAGAUUUAUAACACUAUCAGACGGAAAACAAAAGAUGCUUUCUACAAGAACAUUGUGAAGAAAGGCUACCUCUUGUUCAACAAAGGUAAAGGCAAACGGUGGAAGAAUCUUUACUUCAUCCUGGAAGGAAACGACGCCCAGCUCAUCUACUUUGAGAGCGAGAAGAGAGCCACCAAACCAAAGGGGCUGAUCGACCUGAGUGUGUGCUCCGUGUAUGGUGUGCAUGACAGUCUGUUUGGCAGGCUAAACUGUUUCCAGAUUGUUGUCCAGCACUUUAGUGAGGAACAGUACAUAUUCUACUUUGCAGGAGAGGUUCCAGAGCAGGCACAGGAAUGGAUGAAAUGCCUUCAAACUUUCUGCAGUAACCUAAGGAAAACCACUCAGCCCACCACCAACAAGAGGCUCAGACAGGUGAGCAGCCUAGUGCUAUAUGUGGAGGAGGCCCACAAGCUGCCGGUGAAGUAUUUCAACAGCCCUUACUGUAACAUCUACCUGAACAGCGUCCAGGUGGCAAAGACGCACCCUCGGGACGGGCAGAACCCCGUCUUCACUGAAGAGUUCAUCUUUGAUGACCUGUCGAGUGAAAUCAACAGAUUUGAAAUCAGCCUGAGCAACAAGACAAAAAAGAGCAAAGACAGUGACAUCUUGUUCAUGCGCUGCCAGCUGAACCGGCUGCAGAAGGGCCAGAUGAUUGAUGAGUGGUUCCCUCUCAGCUCCCACGUGCCUCUGAAGGGCAUAGAGCCGGGCUCCUUACGUGUACGUGCCCGCUACUCCAUGGAGAAGAUCAUGCCUGAAGAGGAGUACAGCGAGUUCAAAGAGAUGAUCCUGCAGAAAGAGUUCCAUGUCAUCUACGCUCUGGCCCAUGUGUGUGGUCAGGACCGCACCUUACUGGCAAGCCUACUCCUUCGGAUCUUCAGACAUGAGCAGGAUGAAGCCCCCCUACUCAGGACACUCAACGACAGAGAGAUUAACAUGGAGGAUGAGGCCACAACCUUGUUCAGAGCAACCACACUGGCCAGCACUCUCAUGGAGCAGUACAUGAAGGCCACAGCCACGCCCUUCGUCCACCAUGCUCUCAAAGACACCAUCCUCAAGAUCAUGGAGAGCAAACAGUCGUGUGAGUUGAACCCUUCCAAACUGGAAAAGAAUGAGGACGUGAACCUGAACCUGUCUCAUCUCCUCAACAUCCUGUCUGAGCUGGUGGAGAAGAUCUUCAUGGCCGCUGAGAUCCUUCCACCGACACUGAGGUUCAUCUACGGCUGUCUGCAGAAGUCUGUGCAGCAGAAAUGGUCCGCCAACACCACCAUGCGGACGAGAGUUGUAAGUGGCUUUGUCUUUUUAAGACUGAUCUGUCCUGCCAUCCUCAACCCCAGAAUGUUCAACAUCAUAGCUGACCCUCCAUCCACAACAGCAGGCAGGACCCUCACCCUGGUGGCCAAGUCUGUCCAAAACCUUGCCAACCUGGUUGAAUUUGGUGCUAAGGAGCCCUACAUGGAGGGCGUGAACCCUUUCAUCAAAAACAACAAACAUAGGAUGAUAAUGUUUCUGGAUGAGUUAGGGAAUGUCCCUGACCUCCCGGAAGCCACCGAGCACUUUAGGACAGACCUGUCCCGGGACCUGGCCGCGCUGCACGAGCUCUGUGCCACACACUCAGACGAGCUGCGGACGCUGAGCAACGACAGGGGAGCACAGCAGCAUGUGCUGAAAAAGCUGCUGGCCAUCACAGAGCUCCUCCAGCAGAAGCAGACUCAGUAUGCCAUGUCCAACAGCAACAGGUAGUACUGCACUCCUCCUCUCCUCUCAUCCUCCCAUCCUCCCGUCGAGUCUCCUCCGCCGGAGUGCAGCACAGAGGAGGCCGAGCAUGCUCUACCCUCAUCACCAUGGCAACCCCUCCUUCACCACCACCACCCUCCAUCAUGUCCUCCUCCUGAUAGUCCCGCCCAUCUCCACCCACCUGCCAUCUUGUCCCGUUCACCACAAAGAGAGCUAUGCAACAACAGCGGCUGAGUACCACAACCGAUGCAGUACUUAGAACGAAAAGAAAAGAAAAACUUGAGCCAGUGACUGACAGCUGAAUGCACAGGAGCUACCUUUCCUUCAGAAACUCUGUUCACGAUUCUGAGUUUGGGUACACAACGGCCAAAUAUCACAAUUUCAAGAGGUGUCUGUGUACCCGCUGUGUUUUUAUAGCACAGGUUGCCAAAGUGUACCCCCCCCCUCUGGCUCAAUAUGAGGAAACUGACAUGAAGAAGCUAGUCCUUCCCCCCCCCCACCCCCCUUCCUUUUUUUCUGGUAACUGGAUUAUGAGCGUUAAUGCUUUUUAUACUGUAAUUAGUGACUGAUUUAUUUUAAGGAUGUGACAACAUGCGCAAAGUGCUGAAACUUUCAUUUCUGUCUAUUUGUUUUCUUUAUUUCUUACUUUGAUUUCUAGAUUGGAACAAAGUCUUUCAGAAAACUAUGGUUAUUUUAUAUUAAGAAUAAAUUCUCUUGCUGGAAUCAUGAGUAUAUAAGAGAGAUGAGCUGAAUUUUUUUUUUUUUCUCCCGAUUGUAUUCCGUUUUGUUUUGAUUAUUUGGUUUAAGUCUUCAUUUUUUUUUAAGCUUCUGAAUGCCGGACAGGACACAUAAUCAGAGAAACCAAGUAAAAUGAAAGUGUUUACAGCAGCAAAAACAAUUGAAUAGUACAGACUGUAUCAGACAUGCAUGCACUUAUUAAACAGUUUUUUGUAAAGUA